AUGACGGAAACGCGCGCGCCGCGCAGCCGCAUCGCGGGCUUUCUGUCGCGCUUCGCGAACUUCCGUUUCUCGGGUCGCAAGGAGAAGAAGGUGCGCGCAGGCGCGAACGUGCGCGGUGCUGUCAACGCGACGCCGACCGCAGACGGGCAGGGGACGCGCGCGGCCGCCGCCGGUCACUAUGUGCGGAUUCCGCUGAAGGAGGAAGGCGUGGAGUCGAGGGCGGGCGGCGUGGAGCGUAGGGCGGGCGGCGUGGAAGCCGGGGCGGUGGCGCACAAGCCGCCUAGGCGCCCGCCGCCCGGCGUGCUCGAGACGGACGUGGACACGCAGCGGACGGUGCUGCACGCGCGCUCGCUGCUGGCCCUCGCGCCGCCCGCUCGCACGCCGAGGCCCCACAAGUCUAUGGAGUUCCUGCUGGACAAGGACAGCGCCCAGAUCGUACAGGUAACGCCAUAG